AUGCGUAACCUUUCUAGCGACGGUGUCACCUCGAGCUCAGUUGACGACUCAUACCUAGCAUCUGAAGCGAAAUAUUUUCAAGACUCGGUGAGCAAAAGGCGCCGGCACGCCGUGUAUUUCCAUCGGCCGCCGGUUUGGCGCUAUAGUUCAUUCCAAGAUGGGAGCUCGUCGCCGGACAUGUCUGAGGAUUUGAAUGGUAGUGACAGAGAAACGGAGGACAACAUUUCCAUUAGCUCUCUGAGUUUGUCCAAUAACCAGAAAGCCGAUACGGCAUCAUAUGUGAUUCUUGAUGAUUCCGACUCGGACCACGAGACUCCUCUCCUGGACUGUAAUCCAUAUGGCAAAUCGACUCUGCCCGACUGCCGGGUAUCAACGGAGACACUCCCAGAUCCCCUUUACCAGAAGAAGCCCGUGUUCUGCACUCGCUUGCAUUCAUAUAAGGACAUUCGACUAGGGCUGGGAGAGCAAUGGGCUAUUGAGGAGGGCUCGCUGGUCAUUGGCGUAGGCCCAGAGUAUACUUUACUCCAAAGUUACGAGAAAAGGACAGAUGAAUUUGUGGUUUCCGGUGGUGAUGUCUAUGUGGUAUGUUCCUUGUAUGCGGACCUGUGGGCGCUGUGCGCAAAGGUUUCAUCCAAUCCGUCACCAGAAGGGAAUGAUGCUACCCGGCUUGCUUUUCUUCCACUAUGCAUGGUAACAUUGGCACCGAACUAUAGCGCAUUCAUCCAGCGGAGUAUCAACUGUGCUCGGUACUCCGGCCCCUAUGGGGAAAGGUAUCCAGGGAAUGGGCUGCCUGUCAUGCCUCCGCAACGUUCACAUAGCCUGACUGCUAGCAACCAGAUAUUUCGCGGCCCCGACAGUCAGAUAUCAUUGCCGUUGACUGUUCGUGGUAUGUUUCGAAGUCUUGCGUUGAAGCAUACGGAUGACGAUUUUGUGCCGCUAGACUCUACACUGGAGCCCAUAUUGUCGACGUUGACAAGUAGACGCUGGCGGUUUCUAACUAGGGUGGGAUGCAUCAAAUAUUCCUCGAAAUACUGCCAGAGUGACAGGCAUCAUAUGAGACGGGAGUACGAUUAUAGCCUGAACAAAUCAUCUGAAUCCGCCCAAGAAACAGUUGAUUUGAAAUCGAAUGGAUGGCGACGAUUGCGUAAAUUGCAAAGAGCUUCAUCAUGGGAUAGCCAGAAGUUCAAAUGGCUGUCGUGGAAAGUCUGA